AUGCAGCGCACUCCACCGGAAUCACCAAACGCGAUAAUAACGAAUCUCCUAUGUGCAACGCAAUUCCAAUCGGAUCCGAAUUUAUCAACCGGGGGCGAACACUAUGUUUCACUACGUAACAAAAGAAGGAGGCAAGACGAGCCGCAGUCUGACCUAAUCGAAUUCAAAGAAGAAAUGAAGGCCUUCAUUACAUCACUUAUGUCUGCACAACAGAAACAGCUGGAAAAAAACACAGUUACUUUGAAAGAAAUUCAACGAUCUAGCUGCAACAUAGAAACUUCAGUGGCUUUUGUAACUGCCCAAAAUGAAGAGUUGAAGAGAACAAUAACAAAACUCCAGGAAGAAAGAAAGGAAGACAAAAAACACAUAGCUUUACUAGAAGACAAAAUAGAAAACAUGCAGAUGGACGUAAGGAAAACCAAUUUGGAAAUAAAAAACGUGCCAAAAAAACCCAACGAGUCAAAGGAAGAUCUGGUAGACAUGGUUCUUAAUCUUUCACGUACUAUUGGUUCCCAAAUUAAAAAGGAAGACAUUAAGGAUGUCUUCAGAGUACGAGUCAAAAAGGAAGGAGUAAAAAAUCCACCCAUAAUCGUAGAAACCUCGUCCACCAUACUAAAAAAUGACGUACUCAAGUUAUGCAAGAGUUUUAAUGUGAGGCAAAAAACAAAAUUGUGUGCCAAACAUCUUGGCCUGAAGAUAAGUGAGGAUACUCCUGUAUUUGUUGCGGAGCAGCUGACGGCGAAAGCGGCCCGUUUAUUUUUCCUGGCACGGGACUUCGCCAAGAGCAACUUCUUUAAAUUCUGCUGGACGGCAUAUGGAAAGGUCUACAUUAGGAAAAAUGAAAACUCGCCUAUUAUUCAAAUUAAAAGUGAAAUAAAUAUUCAGAAUCUAAAGAUUAGUGAAUGA